AUGGAGACAUUGAAUGGCGGUGCUGGGGCUGACUGUGACCUGGAGGUUCCUGGGAGCGGUGCUGGGGCUGACUGUGACCUGGAGGUUCCUGGGAGCGGUGCUGGGGCUGACUGUGACCUGGAGGUUCCUGGGAGCGGUGCUGGGGCUGACUGUGACCUGGAGGUUCCUGGGAGCGGUGCUGGGGCUGACUGUGACCUGGAGGUUCCUGGGAGCGGUGCUGGGGCUGACUGUGACCUGGAGGUUCCUGGGAGCGGUGCUGGGGCUGACUGUGACCUGGAGGUUCCUGGGAGCGGUGCUGGGGCUGACUGUGACCUGGAGGUUCCUGGGAGCGGUGCUGGGGCUGACUGUGACCUGGAGGUUCCUGGGAGCGGUGCUGGGGCUGACUGUGACCUGGAGGUUCCUGGGAGCGGUGCUGGGGCUGACUGUGACCUGGAGGUUCCUGGGAGCGGUGCUGGGGCUGACUGUGACCUGGAGGUUCCUGGGAGCGGUGCUGGGGCUGACUGUGACCUGGAGGUUCCUGGGAGCGGUGCUGGGGCUGACUGUGACCUGGAGGUUCCUGGGAGCGGUGCUGGGGCUGACUGUGACCUGGAGGUUCCUGGGAGCGGUGCUGGGGCUGACUGUGACCUGGAGGUUCCUGGGAGCGGUGCUGGGGCUGACUGUGACCUGGAGGUUCCUGGGAGCGGUGCUGGGGCUGACUGUGACCUGGAGGUUCCUGGGAGCGGUGCUGGGGCUGACUGUGACCUGGAGGUUCCUGAGGGCGGUGCUGGGGCUGACUGUGACCUGGAGGUUCCUGAGGGCGGUGCUGGGGCUGACUGUGACCUGGAGGUUCCUGAGGGCGGUGCUGGGGCUGACUGUGACCUGGAGGUUCCUGAGGGCGGUGCUGGGGCUGACUGUGACCUGGAGGUUCCUGAGGGCGGUGCUGGGGCUGACUGUGACCUGGAGGUUCCUGAGGGCGGUGCUGGGGCUGACUGUGACCUGGAGGUUCCUGAGGGCGGUGCUGGGGCUGACUGUGACCUGGAGGUUCCUGAGGGCGGUGCUGGGGCUGACUGUGACCUGGAGGUUCCUGAGGGCGGUGCUGGGGCUGACUGUGACCUGGAGGUUCCUGAGGGCGGUGCUGGGGCUGACUGUGACCUGGAGGUUCCUGAGGGCGGUGCUGGGGCUGACUGUGACCUGGAGGUUCCUGAGGGCGGUGCUGGGGCUGACUGUGACCUGGAGGUUCCUGAGGGCGGUGCUGGGGCUGACUGUGACCUGGAGACUUCUGGGGGCGGUGCUGGAGCUGACUGUGACUUGGAGGUUCCUCCUGGUGGCAGUGAUGGCCAUAUCCCACUUACGUGUUCCCCAAAUUUCAGUGGUUUUGGGGCUUUCACCUGUACCCCAGUCCUGCCCGCGCACUGUCCUGAACAUGCUCCCACCACUGUUUCUGGCAUCCCGUACAAGCCCACAGGGUGGGCUGAAUGCACCUCCCCAUGCUAG